AUGCGCACCACCACUCUGCUCGCCCUGUGUGUGGCCCUCUUUGUGGCCUCCACCUUUGCCGUUUCGCAUGACCCGCUCACCGGGGUCUUUGCUGACUGGAUGCAGGAGCACCAGAAGAGCUAUGCCAACGAGGAGUUCGUCUACAGGUGGAACGUGUGGCGCGAGAACUACCUCUACAUCGAGGCCCACAACCACCAGAACAAGUCCUUCCACUUGGCCAUGAACAAGUUUGGCGACCUCACCAACGCCGAGUUCAACAAACUCUUCAAGGGCCUCUCCAUCACCGCCGACCAGGCCAAGCAGGAAAGCGACAUUGCCCCCGCCCCUGGCCUGCCCGCUGACUUUGACUGGAGGCAGAAGGGUGCCGUCACCCACGUCAAGAACCAGGGUCAGUGCGGCUCGUGCUGGUCAUUCUCGACCACUGGCUCAACUGAGGGUGCCAACUUCCUCAAGCACGGCCGUCUCACCUCGCUCUCCGAGCAGAACCUGGUGGACUGCUCCACCUCGUACGGCAACCACGGCUGCAACGGCGGCCUCAUGGACUACGCCUUCGAGUACAUCAUCCGCAACAAGGGCAUCGACACCGAGGAGUCGUACCCCUACCACGCCUCGCAGGGCACUUGCCGCUACAACAAGCAGCACUCGGGCGGCGAACUGGUCAGCUACACCAACGUGCCUUCGGGCAACGAGGGCGCUCUCCUCAACGCCGUCGCCACCCAGCCCACCUCGGUCGCCAUCGAUGCCUCGCACUCGUCCUUCCAGUUCUACAAGGGAGGCGUCUAUGACGAGCCGGCCUGCAGCUCGAGCAGGCUCGACCACGGUGUGCUCGCCGUCGGUUGGGGCGUACGUGAUGGCAAGGACUACUGGCUUGUCAAGAACUCGUGGGGCGCUGAUUGGGGCCUCUCCGGCUACAUCGAGAUGUCGAGGAACAAGCACAACCAGUGCGGCAUCGCUACCGCCGCGUCCCACCCCCACGCUUGA